ACGCACAGGAGGAAAAGAGUUUUGAAUUGGAUUUUCCUUUGCUGUCGUGUCGUUGUCGCUAUUCUUUUGUCCACUAUCGUCGCCGUUGUCAUCGCCUUCGUCUUUCUUUUUUAGCGUAAAAGAAAUCGCUGAAACACGGGAAAAGGCGAGAAUAAAUUAAAAGUUUCAAUAUUUCCUUGAAAUUUUUUAAUUGUAAAUUAUUUAUAAGAUAACUACACACCAAUAAAUAGCAAAAUGUUCAUUUGGGAUUGGUUCACUGGUGUUUUAGGAUACUUGGGUCUGUGGAAGAAAUCCGGCAAGCUAUUGUUCCUUGGUCUGGAUAAUGCCGGCAAAACAACAUUGUUGCAUAUGCUCAAAGACGAUAAACUGGCACAGCAUGUACCAACACUUCAUCCUACAUCAGAAGAAUUGUCAAUUGGCAAUAUGCGCUUUACCACAUUCGAUUUGGGUGGCCACACUCAAGCGCGUCGUGUUUGGAAGGACUAUUUCCCAGCUGUGGAUGCAAUCGUCUUUUUGAUAGACGCUUGGGACCGAGGUCGCUUCCAAGAGAGUAAAAUUGAAUUAGACUCGUUGUUAACAGAUGAAGCGCUGUCAAACUGUCCCGUGUUAAUUUUGGGUAACAAAAUCGAUAAACCAGGUGCCGCAAGCGAAGAUGAACUUAGAAAUGUUUUCGGUCUCUAUCAGUUGACAACCGGCAAGGGUAAAGUGCAACGUUCGGAGCUUCCAGGACGCCCUCUGGAGUUGUUCAUGUCUUCUGUACUGAAGCGACAGGGUUAUGGCGAAGGUUUCCGUUGGCUAGCGCAGUAUAUUGAUUAAAAGCUGCUUUUUCAUUUUCAAUUCAAAAUACGUCGGAUACAAGCUUUCUUUUUUUUGGCAUCUUUAUACAUACAAAAUCGCCAAACAAACAGGUCAAUAAAAUCGGAGAACCUCUCAUGGCAGAAUAACGCGAAUUAGAAAUGCCACAAUGAUACUUCAAUACUUCAAAUAGAAAAAUUAAUACAAAAAUAAAUAUAACACAAACAAAAUCAGAGUCUAAACCAUAUGUGGAUGCAAGAAAAAUGCAAAAUAAUGCGAAAGCAACGGUAAAAGUAAAAAUAAGCGCAGUCUGAAUCAUUAAGUAAAAGUAAUGAAACACAACACAAAAAACAUCCUAUAUGCAUUGUGGGUAGUAUGUAUAUUUUAAUUUUAAAGGGUAACACAAACGGAUAUUCAAACAUUUCAAUAUCAUUUCCAACCUUUCGCUCUAAGUUAGCUACAAUUUGUCUAAUAUUUGUUUAGAAUUUCCAAAUAAACAAUUUUAUAAAAUGUA